UUUUUGUAUCGAAGGAAUCAACAGCCGCCAUCUUGUCGGGUUUCGGAGUCAGGAUUUCAGGGUAGCAAACAUUUCUAUUCAGAAUCGGAGCGUCCGAAGUAGGUUUUAAAGGGUCCAUUCUGCUGAAAAUAUAAAUAUUAAAUCCUUUUGAAGGGAUUUUGUGCGAAAAAACGGGGAUUGGGGCGAUUUAAAUAGGGAAGAAACCCCCCGUAUCUGAUUUCCCCUUCUAGAAAGCGCCGCUUCUCUCCGUAUCUCCGCUCCUAGCAGUAUUGUUUACAGGGAGCCGCCGGCGGAGGGACAACGGUGAAGGAGCUAGGUCGGCAAAUAACAUAUUUUUCUCUCGAUAUUUUUUAAGAAGCAAAAAAUGCUUUUGAAACAAUCAGUUUGACGUCUUAAACGAAUUCAAAUAUGCGUAUUUAGCUAUUUGUAGAGAAAAUUAGCUGUAAACCCUUUAAAGGGGGUUUCUUUUUUGUUUGUUUUUUGGCAAUUUUUCCCCCCCAUUUUUUUUUUUUUUUUUUUAAUGGUUUUUCAUUUGGGUUAUUUUACUGACGAUAAUGUGGGUGUUGGGUGUUGAAUUAUCAUGGGGUGAAUGGCGGUGGCGGGGCGCUGUUGCUACCUUUUUGAGAUUUUGUGUUGCUUAAUCUGCUCCUGAAUCAGUGAACAGCGCGAUUUUUUUUUUUUAUGGGGGGUGGGAUAUUUAUAUUUCUCGGUAUUUUUUGUUGAAAAAGUAAAACAAAAAACUCCUAAGAAUUCACAAUGGCUGAAAACCUGCUGGACGGACCGCCUAACCCAAAGCGUCCAAAACUUAACUCACCUGCUCUUUCUGCCUCAGACAGUACAGAUUUUGGAUCUCUGUUUGAUCUUGAGAACGACCUUCCUGAUGAGUUGAUCCCUAAUGGAGGUGAUCUGAACAUGCUAAGCAUGCUGCCUAAUAGCGGGGGAGGAAGCGGAGUAGGGAACAUGGUCCAGGAUGCUGCUUCUAAACACAAGCAGCUCUCUGAGCUCCUGCGCACUGGGAAUGGCUCCAGCAGUCCCCAGACUGGGAUGGGGGGCCAACAGAGUGUUACAGGGGGCCUGGCCAACCUGGGUGUCAUGGGCAAGAGCCCCUUGAGUCAGGGGAUGCAGGUAUCCAGCAGCUCCACCACAGCCACCUCCCAGAAACUGGUUAAUAUGGUCAGCAGUGCCUCUGCUGGUUCUGCCACCCAGACCGGGAUGGGCAUGAACCCUGGCUUCAAUCAGGCCCUACAUAACAACACCCAGGGCCAUGGGCUCCUGAACCAUAACUCCCAGGCAGGACAGGUGAUGAAUGGCUCCAUGGGGUCUGUGGGUCGUGGUAGGGGAGCAGCUGGCAUGCAGUACACAAAUCCGGGCAUGUCUGGAGGAGCAGGCAGCGUGCUGGCGGAGACUCUGAGCCAGGGCCCUUCGCAGCUGGGAGGGCACACCGGGAUGAAUGCACAGCAAGCUGGAUCCAUGGCCAAGAUGGGUUUGCCUGGAAACGGCAGCCCUUUCGGACAGCCAUAUGGACAAAGUGCUGGGCAACAACUGGGAGCUGCUGGUGUGAACCCCCAGUUACAGAACAAAGUCGGCCUCUCGAACAGCCUGCCACCCUUUCCCAGUGACCUGAAGGGAGCUGCCGUUACUAGCGUGCCAAACUUGAUGCAGCAGCAACCCCAGCAGCAGGUGCCAUCGGUAGGGAUGGUCCCGACUCAGGGGGUCUCCACAGGCCCCACCGCUGACCCUGAGAAGCGCAAACUGAUACAGCAGCAGCUGGUUCUACUGCUCCACGCCCACAAGUGUCAGCGCCGCGAACAGGCCAAUGGGGAGGUGCGCCAGUGUGCCCUACCACACUGCAGGACCAUGAAGAACGUCCUCAACCACAUGACGCACUGUCAGGCUGGAAAAUCCUGCCAGGUUGCUCAUUGUGCAUCUUCACGACAAAUCAUCUCUCACUGGAAGAACUGCACUCGACACGACUGUCCUGUCUGUCUCCCCCUGAAAAACGCCAGUGACAAAAGAAACCAGCAGCCUCUGUUAGGAUCUCCCAGCGCAGGUUUGCCAAACUCCAUCAGCUCAGUAGGUACAGGCCAGCAGAGCACGCCCACUAUCAACAGCACUAACUCCAUCGACCCCAGCUCCAUGCAGCGAGCCUACGCCGCUCUGGGGCUGCCCUAUGGUAACCAGACACAGACUCAGACACAGCCUCAGGUACCUGGUCAGCAGACCGCACAGACCCAGCCCCAUCAGCAGAUGAGAUCCAUCAACACACUAGGCACUAACCAGAUGAACCUAGGAGGAAUGGGAGUCUCUGCUUCUGAUCAGCAGACCAAUCUCUUGUCUGACUCUGCUCUUCCUUCCACUCUCGGUACUCCAAAUCAGUUAAUGCUUGAUGGCACAAGUGUGGGCAAUAUGGCGAACCUUCCCACUGCAGCCCCCCUCUCUGCCACAGGGGUACGGAAAGCCUGGCACGAACACGUCACUCAGGACCUGCGCAAUCACUUGGUGCAUAAACUUGUCCAAGCCAUAUUCCCCACACCAGACCCUGCUGCUCUGAAAGACCGACGAAUGGAAAACUUAGUGGCCUAUGCACGCAAAGUUGAAGGAGAUAUGUAUGAAUCAGCAAAUAGCAGGGAUGAGUAUUACCACUUGUUGGCAGAGAAGAUCUAUAAGAUACAGAAGGAACUGGAAGAGAAAAGACGGUCACGGCUCCAGAAACAGGGAAUCCUGGGUAAUCCGGCACCAAUGGCUACCCCUGGCAAUCAACAGCCUGGAUUGCCUUCUGCUCAGACAGUCAGGCCGCCCAAUGGACCUUUGCCUAUUCCCAAUGUGCCAAACCAGAUCAUGAAUUGCAUGCAAGUCUCUCAAGGAAUUAAUCAGUUUAACCCUCUGCCAAUGGGGAAUGUACAGAUGUCGCCAACACCAAUGGGACCCCGUGCUGCUUCCCCAAUGAACCACCCUGUGCAAAUGAACAACAUGGGCUCUGUUCCAGCAAUGGGAAUGUCACCCUCCCGAAUGCCCCAGGCCCAGGGAAUGAUGGGAGCCCACACUAACAACAUGGUUGGCCAGACUGCAAACCAGAACCAGUUCCUACCCCAGAACCAGUUCCCAGCAUCAACUGGGGCCAUGAAUGUGAAUAAUGUGGGGAUGGGACAACCUGCCGCUCAAACAGGAGCAACACAGCUCCCCCAGCAGACCCAGACCCAGAACGCUACUCUCUCUAUGAACAUGACGGGACCUCAGAAAGCUCAGCUCCCAUGCCCACCAGCCGCUCAGCCUCCACUCCGCCAGACUCCGCCCCCUGUAUCCACGACGACCACUAGCAUGCAGCACAUGCAGCACCCAGCACCCCAGAGCCUGACGCCCCCACAGGGCCAGCCUUCCACUCCGGUGUUAGCUGGGGGGCAGGUACCCAAUGCCAUCACUACACCCAGUGCUGUCCCUGCACAGAGUGCGCCGCCAGUCCUGGGUUCCACACAGACCUCCACACAGCCACUGACCCCCCUCCAGCCUCCGCCAGAGCCUGCAGCUCAUACACAACCACAGCAGCCCACCUCGGUGCAGGCACAGCCACCCACGACACCGUUGUCGCAGGCGGUAGCCAGUAUUGAUAACCGCAUCCCCACCCCAAGUUCGGUGGCAAGCACAGAAGUGAAUUCCCAGCAGCCUUCGACAGACUUGCUUGCAGCAGACACCAAAACUGAGAUCAAAGAGGCACAGGAAUUUGAGUUCAGUGAGGCACAGACUGAACCCAAACAGGAGCAGAUGGAGGAUGAUCCCAAGCCACUGUCAUCUCAGGUGAAGGAGGAGACUGAUGGCGUGGCGCUGAAACAGGAGCCAAUGGAAGUGGAGGAAAAGAAGCCGCAGGUGAAGGUGGAGCCUAAAGCGGAGGAGGGGACUGGGUCCAAUGGCACCGCUCAAUCAAUAUCACCCUCUCACUCCCGCAGAAAGAUUUUCAAACCUGAGGAGUUAAGGCAGGCACUGAUGCCCACCCUGGAAGCUUUGUACCGGCAGGAUCCGGAGUCGCUUCCCUUCAGACAGCCUGUAGACCCCCAGGUCCUUGGAAUCCCUGAUUACUUUGAUAUUGUGAAGACCCCCAUGGACCUGUCCACAAUAAAGAGAAAGCUGGACACUGGCCAGUUCCAGGAGCCCUGGCAGUAUGUGGACGACGUGUGGAUGAUGUUCAACAACGCCUGGCUUUAUAAUCGCAAGACCUCUCGCGUCUACAAAUACUGCACAAAGCUAGCCGAGGUUUUUGAGCAGGAGAUCGAUCCUGUCAUGCAGUCCCUUGGAUACUGCUGUGGUCGCAAGUAUGAAUUUUCACCGCAGACUUUAUGCUGCUAUGGCAAACAGUUGUGCACCAUCCCCCGUGAUGUCACUUACUACAGCUACCAGAACAGGUAUCACUUCUGUGAGAAGUGUUUCAACGAAAUCCCGGGGGACAGCGUAACCCUGGGGGAUGACCCUGGACAACCACAAACGGCAAACAUACAAAAGGAUUUAUUCAGUUCUUCAUCAGAACUAAGUAGGAUAUCAAAAGAUCAGUUUGAAAAGAAGAAAAAUGAUUCACUAGAUCCUGAACCGUUUGUUGAAUGUAAAGAAUGUGGACGCAAAAUGCACCAGAUCUGUGUCCUACAUUACGAUGUUAUCUGGCCCUCUGGCUUUGUCUGUGACAACUGUCUGAAGAAAACUGGGAGAACGAGGAAGGAAAACAAGUUUUGUUCUAAAAGGUUACAGACUACCAGGUUAGGAAUGUAUAUAGAAGACCGAGUGAACAAGUUCUUAAAGAGACAGAACCAUCCAGAAGCAGGGGAGGUGUUUGUACGGGUGGUGGCCAGCUCAGACAAAAACGUGGAAAUUAAACCAGGAAUGAAAACUAAGUUUGUGGAUACGGGUGAGAUGUCAGAUGGCUUUCCAUACCGAACCAAAGCACUUUUCGCCUUUGAGGAGAUAGACGGGACGGACGUAUGUUUCUUUGGAAUGCAUGUGCAGGAGUAUGGUUCUGAAUGCCCUUAUCCCAACACCAGACGAGUGUAUGUAUCAUACCUUGACAGUAUUCAUUUCUUCAAACCUCGAUGUCUACGUACAGCAGUCUAUCAUGAAAUUUUGAUUGGGUAUCUGGAGUACGUAAAGAAACUUGGGUAUGUGACUGGUCAUAUAUGGGCCUGCCCCCCAAGUGAGGGGGACGACUACAUUUUUCACUGUCACCCUGCGGACCAGAAGAUCCCCAAACCCAAGCGGUUACAGGAGUGGUACAGGAAGAUGCUGGACAAGGCCUUUGCAGAGAGGAUAAUCCACGACUACAAGGACAUCUUCAAACAAGCAACGGAGGACCGGCUGACGAGUGCCAAGGAGCUGCCGUACUUUGACGGGGACUUCUGGCCCAACGUGCUGGAGGAGAGCAUCAAGGAGCUAGAGCAAGAGGAGGAAGAGCGCAAAAAAGAGGAGAACACAGCUACCUGUGAAGCUCCUGAAGGGAUCCCAGGAGACAGUAAAAACGCCAAGAAGAAGAACAACAAGAAGGCUAACAAGAAUAAAAGCAGUGUGAGUCGAGCCAAUAAGAAGAAGCCGGGAAUGCAGAAUGUAUCAAAUGAUUUGUCCCAGAAGCUUUAUGCGUCGAUGGAAAAGCACAAAGAGGUGUUUUUUGUGAUCCACCUCCAUUCAGGCCCAGUUAUCAACACGCUGCCCCCUAUCAUGGACCCGGACCCCCUAUUGACCUGUGACCUUAUGGAUGGGCGAGACGCUUUCCUCACCCUGGCCCGGGACAAGCACUGGGAGUUCUCCUCUCUGCGCCGCUGUAAGUGGUCCUCCAUGUGCAUGCUGGUGGAGCUGCACAACCAGGGCCAGGAUCGCUUUGUCUACACCUGCAACGAGUGCAAGCACCAUGUGGAGACGCGCUGGCACUGCACUGUGUGCGAGGACUAUGACCUCUGUGUCAGCUGCCACAACACUAAAGGACAUGAGCACAAGAUGGUCAAAUGGGGCCUGGGGCUGGAUGAUGAGAGCAAUCAGGGCGGGGAGGCAUCAAAGAGUCCACAGGAGAGCCGGCGCCUGAGUAUCCAGCGCUGCAUCCAGUCCCUGGUGCACGCCUGCCAGUGCCGCAACGCCAACUGCUCGCAGCCGUCCUGCCUGAAGAUGAAGAGGGUGGUUCAGCACACAAAGGGCUGCAAGCGCAAGACCAACGGAGGCUGCCCUGUCUGCAAGCAGCUCAUCGCACUCUGCUGCUACCAUGCCAAGCACUGUCAGGAAAACAAAUGCCCUGUACCCUUCUGCCUCAACAUCAAACACAAGCUGCGGCAGCAGCAGCUCCAACACCGGCUGCAACAGGCGCAGAUGAUGCGAAGGAGGAUGGCCACCAUGCAUGGCAGAGUGAUGCCUCAGAGCCUGCCCUCACCUACUCAAGCCACUACAGCUCCCCCCACAAGCCAGCAGCAACCCACCACCCCACCCACUCCCCAGCCCACUGUCUCGCAGCCACAGACCCCUGUAGGCGGCAUGUCCUCAGCCUUCCCUGCCACCCCACGUGGCAACCAGUCGUCUACCCCCAUCUCCCAUGGCAAGCCAGGGAUGCAGGCAUCUCCUCUCCAGCAGCAGCAGCCGCCACCGCCGCCACCACUCCCCGCUCCCCAGCAGCAGCCGCAGCCACAACCACAACCACCAGCUGCAGCUGUGGAGGCAGCCCGACAGAUCGAGCGUGAGGCCCAGCAGCAGCAACAGCUAUUCCGGGGUAACAGCAUCAAUUGCCUCCCCCUGAGCCGCACAGGGAUGGUGGGGCCAAUGCAGACGGCCAUGACUAUGGCCCGUGCACCCCCUGUGAUGCCCAGCAUGCAGCCUGGGCAGUGGCCUCCACCCCCUGGCCCACAGGGACCUAUGCAGACACCCCAGCAGCAACAGAUACCACAGGCCCCUCAGCCUCAAAUCCCUCCCCCUCAGUCACAAGGCCCCCAGCCUACCCCGCUCACCUCUCCCUUGCAGCGGACCCAUAUGCAACCACAGCCACCCAGGAUGCCUGGAGUGGUCCAACCCCAGGGACAGCUACAGAUGCAGACACCCCAGAGAGUCGGGCCAGGCAGCAUCCCUCCGACCGCCCUCCAGGACUUGUUGCUCACUCUCAAGUCUCCCAGCUCGCCACAGCAGCAGCAACAAGUCCUCAACAUUCUCAAAUCAAACCCCCAGCUCAUGGCGGCCUUCAUCAAGCAGCGGACGGCCAAAUAUCAGGCCAGCCAGCCUCAACAGCAGCAGCCUCCACCUGGUAUACAUGGAGGGCAGCCAGGCAUGCAAAACCUUACCCCCAUGCAGGCAGCAGCUGGGCAGAGACCGAUCAUGGCUCCACAACAGCAGCAGCAGCCUGCCCAGCAUGGAAUGGGUGGCCUGGGUGCCCAGGGACAGCUAAUGAACCCUGGGCAUAACCCUAACAUGAACCCCCAGUACCAGAUGUUCCGUCGGCAAUUGCUACAGCAGCAGCAAGUAUCAAUGGCCCAAGUGCACGGCCAGUUCCCCCAGGCACAGCAGGGCUCAGCAGCCAGCUACUCACAAGCCAUGCAGCAACAACGCAUGCAGCAAUACCUGGCAAAACAAAACAGUGGCGGCCCCAUGGGCCAGCUACCUUCUAUGGGACAAAUGGUGCAGCCAGGUCUGGGUCCAGAUGGAACUUCGAAACUCCAGCAAGCCCUGCAGCAGCGGAUACUCCAGCAGCAGGCGUUGAAACAGCAGCUCGGCUCCCCUGCUCAGCAGAACCCCAUGAGCCCACAGAAGCAUCUGCUCCCAGGACAACCCCAAGGUGCGCACCUCCCUGGCCAGCAGAUGGCAACAUCCCUCGGCAACCAGGUGCGCUCCCCGGCGCCUGUGCAAUCUCCCCGCCCCCAGUCACAGCCGCCACAUUCCAGUCCCUCCCCACGAAUACAGCCUUCGCCCCACCACGUAUCCCCGCAAACAGGCUCCCCUCAUCCUGGUCUUGCAGCCCCCAUGGCAAACACCAUGGAUCAGGGACACUUGGGCACGCCAGAGCAGAGUGCCAUGCUUCCACAGCUAAACAACCCCAACAGAAGUGCUCUGUCCAGCGACUUGGGUUUGGUGGGAGACACAACGGGGGACACGCUGGAGAAGUUUGUAGAGGGCUUGUAGCAUUAUGAGACAAACACUGUCUCACUGCAGGCUUUUCUUUUCUCAAUGAACUUUUUGUACUGAAAUGUAAAGUUUAAAAGAAAAAAACUGAUUGGGAAAUGUUAAGGUUUCCUAAACCAUGAACUGCUAUUUCUUCCUACAAGUCGAGGGAUUAAAAAUUGCUGUUGAAUGAAAAAGAUUAUUUACAAAGAGUAUAUUUUUUGGUUAAGGCCAGAUAAAAUUGACAAUUCUGGUAUUUUUUGUUUUUUAUUUUGUUUUGCUUUUUUGGGCAGAAAGGACUUGUGCCUCUGUUUUUCGUUUGUGUUUUUUUAAAUUGAAAUUAAAACAAUUUCAUUAUAUUCAUAUUUUUUAUUUUGUACUUUGCAAACUUUAAAGCAUUUUUGUGUUAAAUGACUGUAAAAUAAUAAUAAUUUGUCUGAGAAUUGUGGGGAAGUUUUUUUUGUUUUUCCCCUGAUUCCUGGUUAAUGCAUUCUAAUGUUAUAUCAAUAAUUCAGAGGACAUGCUUGGGGGAGGAAUUUCUUUUUGUUUUUCCUUUUCUAUUUGUGAAGUUUGUGCUGGAGAUUUAAGUGUUACAUUUGUAUAGAUAGGAACAUAGACUAUUGCACACAACAUACAACUUACUGGCCUGAAGCCAGGACUGUUUGCAGAUGCAGAAAAUUGUUGCUUUGCUUCUCCUCUGAUUUCUUUAGUUACAGAAAAAAAGGGGGGCGAUCCCAAUUGACCAUUGAGGUGAUCCACUGUUUGACUGCUGAUUUUAAGAGAAGACCAGUUCCUUAAAGCUAUCCUCAUUAACACUUAUGAAACUUGAACUGAGGGUAAACCAUUCUCCAGUGUAAAUCAUGCAGGUUAUACAAUUACUAUAAAUAUAAGGAAAAAACUCUCAAUCACUGUAUAAACUGGUUUAAAAAAAUACAAAAAAAAACUCAUUUCUUACUUGUAUACCAUAUUGUUAAAUAAACUGUGUGCAACAGAC